AUGUCAGUUAGUUUAAUGUUUGAACGGAUAAAUAAUCACAGCUGUUCAUUCCCACAUCAUGAAGAAAAACAAUUAACACGUAGAAAAUCUUAUUAUAAAUUUUAUCAACUUGAAUUACGACAAUUAUUAACAGAAAAUCGUUUUUAUCAAGAACAAGAUGCAAAAUCUACCAAGUCAAAACAACAAUCAAAAAUUCAAAUAAAUAAUAAUAAAAAAAUAUCAAAAGAAUAUAUGGAUCGUAUACGAGAUAAAUCAAAAUUACAAUUGAAAAAUUCCGAUAAUGAUAAAAAAGUCAAUAAUCUUAUAUCAAUUAAUAAACGUAAUACAAAAGAUUCUGUUAUAUUUACGAUUACAUCAACGAAUAUACCUAAUACAAGUACUACAGCAAUAACAACAGAAUCAAAAUUAAAAUCUGUCUUAAAACCAAAACAGUCUCCAUCAUCAACCAAACGUCAUCAUGUGAUAAAUACUCUAACUUCAUGUCAAAAACUCAUACCAAUUAAAUCACCUAUAGAAAUUCCAAUAAUUGAAAUUAAUGAUACUGAUGAUGAUUUAUUAAAAUCAAAUCUUUAUUCUUAUACAGAAGCAUUAUCAUCAUCACAAGAUCAUAUUUAUAGUUAUGAUCGACAUGCUCAUCAAUCAAUACUUAAUUCUAUGAUGGCACAUUUCAAUUCAUAUACACCAUCGGAUAUAUCAAAAUGGGAUUUAUUACGAGAUUUUAAUAAUAAAUUUUCGGCUAGUAUGUCUUCACAAGUUUAUCGAAAUUUUGAACGUAUUAUUCUUUGA